AUGUUAGGUCCAUAUGCCACAUCACCCGCCACACAGUGCCAUGUCAGAUCCGUAUGCCCUGUCAACCAUAUUGCACAGUCAUCUGCUCAGUCAGUAGUCCGUACAGUACAGAAUCCUCAGAGAUGUCGCUGCAGGUUUGUUGUAUCUUCACGAAGAGUCUCACAGCUGAAUGGAAAGCUGGGAGAUUUUGGGCUUGCUCGUAUGUACGAGCAUAACGAAAGCUCACACACUACUCGUGUGGUUGGAACACUGGGGUACAUCGCACCGGAGUUCAUAGAGACAGGAAAGGCUAGCCCUGCCACAGAUGUGUUCAGCUUUGGUAUUUUAUUGUUGGAAGUUGCAUGCGGAAGGAGACCUGUGGAUGUAUCCCUCCAUGCCACAGGCAGUCUCAUGGAUACAGCCGACCCAAAUCUUGGUGGGCAAUAUGUUGAAAGUGAGAUGGAGAGAGUGCUGAAACUGGGUCUGAUCUGUUCCAAUCCUCACCCAGAACGCAGGCUUGGCAUAAGACAAGUACUCCAGAUACUUGAAGAAGAAGUUCACAACCAUGUCUUGGCUCUCCAUUUUAUUUGGAUGCGAGUCCACUGA